AUGUCAGAAGCUACGGCAUCACAAACAACAGUGUUUAAUGCUCAAGAUCCACAGAGCACACUGUUGUCGGUAAACAUGGUGAGUGUUACCAAACUCACAACUCAAAACUAUCUCAUGUGGCAACGUCAAGUCCGUGCCUUACUCGAAGGUCAUGAGCUCCAACAGUUCAUUGAUGACUCCGCACCAUCAGCCACAACACUGGUGAACGGUGCAUCUGUAUCAAAUCCCGCUUAUGCUCCAUGGCACAGACAAGAUCAUCUUCUCUAUUGCGCUAUGAUUGGUGCGAUUUCGCAAUCAACCCAAUCGCUUAUCUCCACAGCGACAACAACAAAAGAAGUUUGGGACACUCUCGCAACAACUUUGGGCAAUCCUACACGAGGUCACAUACGCCAACUCAAACAUCAGAUUAAAACCUGUGUCAAAGGCACCAAAUCUAUCAGCGAAUACCUACGCCUCAUCAAGGCAAAAGCAGAUGAUCUCGCACUUCUCGGCAAACCUCUAGAUCCAGAAGAUCUCACGGAGCAGAUUCUGGCGGGCCUUGGUGAUGAAUACAAGCCGGAGAUAGACGCAAUCAAUGGUCGUGACAACACGAUCUCAUAUACAGAACUCUAUGAGCGCUUGUUGAACCGAGAAGCUAUGCUUCUCUGUAAUGAAACAGCCUCUUCUGUUCAAUCUCAUGCUCCGAUUGUCGCUAAUGCUACGGACACUCGUCCCCGUUACCAAAACCGCAACAACUACAACCAGAAUCGCAGCAACAACAACAACUCUCAGCCUCAAUUCACUCCCAACAACAACAAUAACCAGAACAGGUUCUCCAAACCUUAUCUUGGUCGAUGUCAGGCGUGUGGUGAAGUUGGGCACAGCGCCAAAUACUGUCCACGUUUCCGUAUUGUUCCUAGCUCUUCUCAGCCUCAGUCAUCACCUCAGUUUCCACCGCAACAGCCCUCGUUCCAGCCGUGGCAACAAAAUCAACAAGUUCAGCCAUGGCAACCAAGAGCCAACGUUGUGAUGUUGUCGGAUCCGUCAACGUGGCUGCUCGAUUCAGGAGCGUCUCAUCACAUGACGUCUGACUUGGCAAACCUUGCUGCUCAUAACCCAUAUCGUGGAGGUGAUGAUGUGCUUCUUGGUGAUGGAUCAGCAUUACCAAUAACGUACCAGGAUUAUCUCUCAGCCGCAAUCUCAACAGCUAUACCGGUGGAAGUUGUAACAUCAUUACCCGCUCAAACGGAGUCCACCAACACCUUACUUCCUCAACCAGAGGUGCAUGUGACACCGAGAACAGAACAUACCACCACUGCCUCUGAGGAUCAGUCGUCCGCCUCCUCGUUAGAAACAACUUCUGACUCACCAAUUUCGUCUCCAGCUCCAGUUUCUCCAUCACCGCCACCUCCUCCACCCGCACCGACUCGCACAAGCAACCGCAUACGCAAACCAGUUCAAAAGCUUAAUCUCCACACCACUGUUACACCAUUGCGAGAUUAUAUUCCACAAUCGGUUGCCGAGGCUCUUAAGGAUCCUCUUUGGCGUAAAGCCAUGCUUGAAGAAAUCAAUUCCCAUAUUAGAAAUCAUACAUGGCAUCUGGUUCGUAACAUUGAUGUUUCUAAUCUUGUAGGUAACAAGUGGAUAUUUACUAUCAAGAGAAAACCCGAUGGCUCCAUCGAACGCUAUAAGGCCAGGCUUGUCGCACAAGACUACAAUCAACGACCCGGAAUAGAUUACCAUGAGACGUUUAGUCCGUGGUCAAACCAGCUACCAUAUGUAUUGUUCUCAGCACCGCCGUUUCUCGCGAGUGGCCCCUUAGACAACUUGACGUCAACAACGCAUUUUUACAAGGCAAAUUAG